AAAGAAUAACAAAGUAGAGUAGUCUGUCUAUCAAGGGACAACCCCCCAAAGUGCUCAGAUAAGAGAUCUCAACGCAGCAGCACAAACCCUAAUUUCGAGAAAGAGGAGAUUCGAUUUCAAAAAAAUGGCGUACGCUUCUCGUUUCCUCUCCAGAUCUAAGCAGCUACAAGGGAGUCUGGUCAUUUUGCAGCAGCACCAUGCUAUUCCCGUCCGCGCUUUUGCCAAGGAAGCUGCUCGUCCUACUUUUAAAGGAGAUGAGAUGUUGAAGGGUGUUUUUACGGAGAUCAAGAACAAAUUUCAGGCUGCAGUUGAUAUUCUCCGUAAGGAAAAGAUCACCCUUGAUCCUGAGGACCCUGCUGCCGUCAAACAGUAUGCUAAUGUCAUGAAGACCAUAAGACAAAAGGCAGACAUGUUCUCCGAAUCUCAACGCAUCAAAUAUGAUAUUGAGAACGAGACUAAGGAGAUCCCAGAUGCUCGUGCUUACCUCUUGAAGUUGAAGGAUAUCCGCACCAGGAGAGGGCUUACUGAUGAGCUAGGUGCUGAGGCUAUGAUGUUCGAGGCUUUGGAGAAAGUUGAAAAGGAUAUUAAGAAGCCUCUCUUGAGAAGCGACAAGAAAGGAAUGGAUCUUUUGGUUGCAGAAUUCGAAAAAGGCAACAAAAAGCUUGGGAUUAGGAAAGAAGAUCUUCCCAAGUACGAGGAGAACUUGGAGCUCAGCAUUGCCAAAGCACAGUUGGAUGAGCUGAAGAGUGAUGCUCUUGAAGCAAUGGAAUCUCAGAAAAAGAAGGAGGAAUUCAAGGAUGAGGAGAUGCCAGACGUGAAAUCGUUGGACAUCCGUAACUUUAUGUAAGGUUUGAUGAUGAUCCUAAGAAGAAGCAUUUUGAGAUUUCUUGUAAGAAAGCCAGAAGAAAGAUCGCUCUUUCUUUUUAUUGUUCCCUUUUGUUGGUUUUUGGUUAAUAAGGUCGGUCUCUCACCAUGGACUUGAAAUACCAAAUGGUCUUAUAACUUUCUCUCUGGUUAUUAAAUACGCUUUGUGAUUUUUAGACACAAA